AAAAUUCAGACUAUUCUAAUUUGAAUAUUUGAAAUUUGGAACUGAUAAUGAAAUGUUAAAUGUAUAUCAUAUCGAUAGAUCAUAUUUCAUUAAUAUUAAUCCUAUUUCUAUAUUUAAUGAAUAUUUAUUUUUAACUUGGUAGAAUGAUUUCAGUGAUUUUUUUUCAGACAGAUCAACUGGAUGUUUUUAUCACUUGGACAAAAUGAUUGAUAUUCAUGAUUGUUGUAUCAAAUUGCAGGUGUAAUAAUAAAGAGUUGUGAAGCCAUUAUGGGUGAAAUUGGUGAAAUUAUGAAAAAAUAAAUAUCUGUACAUUUAUAAUUUUAUGAGUCAUUCAAGUACAUCAAUAUUAUUAAUCAUGGCAAAUGAUUUGUUGAAACAGAUUAAUAAGAUUAAAUCAACAAUAUCUACAAAUGAUCAAAUAGUAUGGGCAUGUCAAGCAGCUACUAAAUGUUAUACUGAUGAAAUAAGUCACCUGAAAGAUGAGGAGGAAAGAUUGAUGAAGGAUAUCUGUAAAAUAGAUGAGCAAAUUAAGGAAUCUAAACCAUUGAUUGGUAUCCUGGAAAAGUGUUCUGAACUGCAGAACGAUACUUUGAAAAUAAGUCUUGAAUCAUUGGUCACUCAUCGUUUAUAUCAAAAAUGUGUUGAAGAAAAUAUCAAUAAACACAAAAAAGAAUGUGACCUUUUAAUAGGAGAAUAUUCUGAACACAUAGAGCAAUGCAAAACGAAGCUAGAACAUACCAACCCAUUGUUCAAAAUUCUUCAAGAAAAGAGAACUGAACUGAAGAAGAGCAAAAUUCAGUGUCUAGACCUUCAGCAAAGGUUAAAGAGACGUAAAGUAAUCAAUGAACAAAAAUUGAGAAUUCAAAAACAACUGUUUUAUGCUGAUAUUGUUUCAUUUGCUGAAGCUUGGUUAGAUCAGAAGAAAUAUUUGGAUGCUAUCAAGGAAUAUGAAGUGGUGAAACACCAGGAAAGAGAACUGAUGAUCAAGUUGAUGGAAUUAACUGAAGAGUUGAGAGUAAAAGAUAAAAUGGCCUAUGUCACGAAAGAUACUAGUACUUUUAUUCCACAAAUUCAGUUCUCAAAAAAUUCCAUUGAUGAUGGAUCAAUAAACAACAACAAAAAUACUGCAAAUACUGCUAACUACGAAAAACCGUCAGUGAAUCCUUUGAAAGAUCUUGAAGUUCUUUUGAAAGAAAAUAACUUCGGCCAAUCAGGACCCAUAAAAAAAGUAGGAACAACUACUGGAUAUUCCAACAAAAACAAUCACUUGACUGAUAACAGUUAUAUACCAACUAAAGUUAGAAUUUUGGAAAAUAAAACUUUGAAGCCCCCUCAUCCUCACCAGCCAGUUAUAGCACUAAGCAAGGAAGAACGAAGCAAAGCAAUUGAUGCCAAACUACAAAGGGUCAUGCAAAAUUUCAGUAGAUCUAUGUCUCGCCAGAAUUCUCAGAGAAUAUCAAAAAGUUAUCAAAUUCCAAACGGUAAUUUGAAGGGAAUUAACGACGUAACAUCACCCGAGGAGGCGGACAAAGAACCAAUUGAAGAAAUGAACAAGAGCCAAACAGGAGCCACUGAGGGUUUGGAGAAUAUGAACAUACUUAGUCAGGAAACAAGAAUGGCCAUGGUUCUUUUGUCUCAAGAUUCUGUUAAAGGCAGCUCGGCAGAAGCAAAUUUGAAAAAAUUCAAAUAUCCCACAGACAAUUAUUCAAAGGAAGCCAAUAAGAAGGUUGAAAACACUAAUUCUGAUUGUGAAAAUGGAAUACUUCAAAAAAUGGAUGUUGAUGAUAGACAACAAAAACAUGGAAUACUGAACACUAAUUUGUUCAAAAUGAACGAUGGAAAUGCAUUUGGAAAGAAUGGCCAAUUUUCUAUGAAUUUAGGUGGAAGUAAUCCUGGAAACAUUUUCAAAAACGAUAUAAAUAAUACAUUACCAGAAUCAAAUGUAUUUCCUAUGCAUACAUCAGGUACAAAUGGAAUUUUUCAACCCAUGCGCAAUACUUCGAGUUUCUCACAACCCUUCAAGAUGAAUGAUAACAAAGAGAAUAAUCCAAAUAAGAAUGUUUUCAAAGUGCCAGAAGCUGCCUCAGCCAAUAAUUUACCAAGUCAGCCCAAUCAAAAUACUACAAUCAAUUCAAGUGACUCAAGUGUCUCUACAAACUUGAAAGAUUCCCAAAAUCUUCCUUUACAUGAAGAAACUAAUUUCUUUAGUAUGCAUGGGGCUCAUUAUAAUUUUGGUAAUACUAUGACUCAAAUAACAGAAAAUCCAAACGAUAGUUAUGAAAUGGCCUGGAGUCCACCAGCUACAGAUUUCUCUAAUAAAUCUUUUAUGGAUACUAACCCCUUGUUGCCUUUCGGACAAUCUAAUACUACUUUUGGUUUUUCGUUUUUCAAAUAAUUUUUGCUUUUCAUUCUGACGUUCUCGCAUUAUGCAUUUAUUUUUUUAUAAUAAUAGUUGAAACACUCAAAUUAUCGAUAUGUUUUAAAGACUGUUAAGUUUCAAGUUAUUCACGCGUUAUUCAAAGAUGUUCAAGAAAUAAUUAAAAAAAGUAUAACCCU